UCUGUUCAAAAAAAUGAUGUGGUGUUAUUCAUGAAGGGAACCCCUGAUAAUCCUCAAUGCGGAUUCAGCAGAGCCGUAGUUCAAAUCCUUAAUACACAAGGCGUGGAUUUUCAGAGGAUAAAAACAUUCAAUGUGUUAGAAGAUCAAGAACUAAGAGAAGGAGUUAAAGAAUACUCUAAAUGGCCAACUGUCCCACAAGUAUAUAUCAAGGGAGAGUUUAUUGGUGGAUGUGAUAUCAUGCUUAACAUGCAUCAAUCGGGUGAAUUGGAAGAUUUAUUAGUAAAGGAGGGUUUAAUAUAG